UAAAUAUAAUAAUGGCUACCGAUGCUGAUGAAGCGCAGCGUCGUCGAGAAGAAUGUGAAAGAAAGGCUCGGCGGGGGGAAAUGGAUCCCCGUUUGGAAUUCACGUUUCAAUUGUUAAUCGAUGCCACUCAAUUGCCGCGUCAUCAACUAAUGGAUUAUAUAUUUGAGGGAGAUAUGUUGGAUGAAAUCAAUCAAUUGUUUUUACCGAAUAUGAAGAAUAAACUUUUAUGGUUCUAUCAACAAGUGGACGAGCCUGAGACGCAGCCAUUACAAGAUCCUAAUAAGCCGAGCACGUCGCGAGCUUCAACAACUCCAAAAACACCCCAAUGCGGUGGCAGUUCACCUGGCAGUUCAGUUAUCGCCAAACCUAAAAAACUAUUUUUAACAGAUGGCUGGACCUGUGCUUUGACCGGUGUUUGCAUAUACAUUUUUCGUUUAAAUACCAGUAAACAAUUACCCGAGGAGGGUUUUCAGAAAGAUUUAUAUUGCGGAAUAAUUGAUGCGGAAAACGUUGGCUUGGUCACCUCUAUUGAGCGCAUAGUGGAGCAUGUUUUCAUGCAAGCUUUGGCCUAUCCAAAUACGGAGGGCGAUGAAGAAGAUGUCAGUUGUGGUUUAAUUAAAGGUCAACUUUUGCCCGGAUUACGAUCAUUCUGCAGUGCUCUGCGUGUCUGCGAGCAAGUUUGCAAUACCUAUAACGUUUUCAAGGAUGGGCUUGAUUUGUUUGAAGCUAUCCAUGAUUUGGGUGAAGUUAAAGAUAUGUCUAAAAAUCAAGAGUUUUGCCAUCAACUAGAAGAGCGGGUGGUUAAUUGGAUAAAGGGAAUUAUGAAAAUUUUAGGUGAAAGUGAACAAUUGCGAAGAGAAAAUGAUUCGAGUGGACCUCAAGAUGAACUCGAAUACUGGAAGAAACGUGGCGCUCAGUUUUCUCAGCUUCUUAGCUAUUUACAUGAAAAGGAAGUACAAUACACCUUGGAAUGUCUAAGCUUUGCGGGAUCUCGAACGUUGCGAGAUUGGAAAGAAACUGAUCGUAAAAUAACAUUUUGCUAUAAUGAGGCCCGUGAUAAUUCAAAAUUUAUACAAGCUAUGGAAAAUUGUUGUCAUUCAUUGUAUCUCGAUGAUCCGGUUUGCAUGAAAGAGUCCAUUCUAAGUCUUCUACAGACGGUCCGUUUGAUUUAUACUGUAUCGCAAUUCUAUAAUACAUCGGAGCGUACUUCAGCUCUUAUGGUUAAAAUCACUAAUCAAAUGAUCGAAACGUGCAAAUCGUAUAUAACUUGCCGUUGCAAGGAGACAAUUUGGUCGCAAGAUCGUGACUUGGUACGAUCUAAGCUUAGCAAUUGCAUUAAACUUAAUCAUAUUUAUCGGGAAACAUAUUAUUUGGUACGAGAACAACCUUUUCUGCCCAAUCAAACGCCCUUUGGCUUUUCGGAGAAUUUCGUUUUCGGAAAAUUUGAUACCUUUUGCGAUCGUUUAUCGAAAAUUAUUAGCAUGUUUAAUCUCAUCGAUGAUUAUAACCAUCUCUUUGAUCGACGAUUAGAGGGUCUGCUUUUGGGUGAGGCCUUGGAAGAGGCCAAUAAUCAAUUUGAAGAAGCCAAGAAAGACGUACUCUCAAAAAAGUAUGAUUAUCUCGAUCAUCGCAACGCAGAAUUUAAUAAUGACUAUGAACGAUUCAUAGUUAAAAUUGACACUUUAAAGGAAACCAUUGCUAAUUUAAUAGAAACUCAGUUUGAUACCGUAUGGGAAACGCCGCAAUGUAUACGUUUUCUAAUACGAUUUGAAAAAGUUAGUAAGAAGAUUCCUUUAACGAAAAUGGAUGAGAAAUAUGCACGCAUUAUAAGAUAUGUGGAAAAAGAAGUGGAUCGAAUUUUGAAAGUAUUCCGCAAACAAAGAGACGAUCCACCCAUUUGUCGUAAUUUUCCACCAAUAGCUGGUCGCAUAUAUUGGAGUCGUUCGUUAGAAAGCCAUAUGACCGAACUAAUGACUGCUGUAUGCGAUCACGAGGUUCUAAGUAAACUACCUCCAACUAAGGACUUAGAAAAUCGCUACAACCACGUCAUGGAUGUAUUGGGAGAAUACGAAGAUGAAAUAGUUGCCAUCUGGUUGGAUCAGGAUGUUAGUGUAGCGGACGCUUGUUUAGUGCAGCCUCUAUUAGCCUUGCAGGGCGAUCGUCUGUUCGUUAAUCUUCAUCCUACCAUAUCCUUGCUUAUUAGAGAGGCAAAAUUAUUAGCUAAACUCAAAAUAGAACUUCCAAUAGUGGCCGCGACAUUAAUGUGUCGCGAGGAGUAUUUUCUAUCAAUACAGGACUCAAUGAACUGUCUCAUUAGUAUGUUUCUAACUACCGUACGUGCUGUUAAACUUGAAGUACGUCCAUUAUUUUUACCACAGCUGGUACGAUUGACUGCCAUGCUCAAACCGGGUCUAACUAGUAUCAAUUGGACCAAUCAAAACUGGAAUAAAUUUUAUGAGCGUUGCAAACAAGCUAUCGAAACAUUUAAGGUGCUGGUCGCUCGUAUACACGACAUCUAUUCUAAUCGUAUCCUGCACGUUUUGAUGUGCAUGCAAGAGAUUUCAUUGCCAGUGUUACCGGGAGAAGACGAAAUUUGGACGGUGGAUGAGUUUCUGGAAAAGAGCGAGGAGGCUUGUCGGAAAGCGGCCAUUGAAUUAAAUCGCAAAAGUCAAAUGGUUUCCGAAGCGGUAGAGGAAGUUCUAAAUUUAGUUGAUAAAGCUACGGAAACAUUUAAAGAGAUAGCUGGCGAUGAUGUGAUCACGCUAUUUGAUGUCGAUGCAGGGGUACCUAGUACAAGCGCUGCUGGUGCGGCGGCAACUUCGUCCGGAAGUCAUGUAAAUGCUGGCGAUGCUGGCGGUGUUGGUGGAAGUGGCCAACAGCAAGACUGGAGUAUUUUGUGGUCAUGUUUUGAUAAUCCUUUAAGUCUAUUGUCGACCAGUGAGAGUUUACCCAAAGGGAUGCAGGAUAUGGUCUGUAAUGCAGUAGUGGAAAUGCGUCGCUAUUACAGCCGCAAGGUAAUCGAUGUUCUAAUCAAAGUUAUACGAAUCACUUUAGAUACAAUACGACGUCGAUUUGUGGAUGAUGAAAACGAUGGGGCCUCGAGAAAGCCUAUAUUCGCUUUAUAUGCUCAACUGCAAAUACCCAGUGUCGUUAUAAAACCUAAUUUAGAUGAACUGCAAGAAAUUCUGAUAACGGCUGGAAAGAAUAUAACCGGUAUAGCUAAGGGGGUGGCUCAAUGGACCAGUGGCAAAGAAAAUCCGGUAAGAUUUGCGGGAGAUAAUUGAUUUUUUUUUUUGUAUUAUUCGUUUUCUUAAAUUCAGCAAGUUUCUAUAACACCGCAACCGAGGCAGGGUCGCAAUCAUAACACAAAGCGUCGUAAAUUGUACACAUUGACUUCGGAAGAACGUCCUCAAAUGCCUUACAUGUUGAAGUCGUUCUAUUCGGCAAUUAUGGAUAAUAAAGAGGUGGCGAAGGCUUUAAAUUUGUUAUCGAAUUGCACAAAAAAUAUUAAACCCGAAAUACAAACUUAUAUAAAACGUUGGAAACCGUAUCAUUUCUUAUGGAAGAACGACCGUACUACACGACAAUUAAUGGAAUACGGUUUACAAGAAUUUGAGACGACUCUACGUUGCUUGGCCGAUUUAGAUUCUAACCUCUUGAUGGAGCCCGAAAUCGAAGUGUUCGGCCAGUGUGUAGCCAUCUAUAAUGAGAGAUUGAAAUAUGGUCUAGCCAUUGAAAUUAAAUCUUGUAAUCAUAAGAUUGGUCAAGCUAUGAAGAAGAAAUAUAAAAAAGAAAUGGAUUACGUUUAUGCUGUCAUCAAUGAAAUGGAUCGUAAAUUAGAUCGUCCUAUACGAGAUUUAGAUGAUGUACGCAUGGUUAUGGAGACUUUAAGUAAAAUACGGGAACAAGAAGUUGAUAUGGAGUUACGUAUCGAUCCCAUAGAAGAAGCGUUUAACGUGCUGACUCGUUAUGAAGUGCAAGUGGAACGAGAACAGUUCGAUUUAGUUGAUAAUUUGCGAGCAACAUUUCAAAAUUUACUCUCAUGUGCUUUGCAAGCUCAAGUAAAGCUACUCGAUAUGCAACCCUCUUUCCAAGAUGAUCUCAAAAAUAAUUUGGAUAGAUUUAAACAGGACAAAAUUGCUUAUGUCAAUGAGUAUCGUACGGCUGGACCCAUGCAACCUGGUUUGACGCCACGUGAAGCCUCCGAUCGAUUGAUUUUGUUUCAAAAUCGUUUUGAAGGUAUGUGGCGACGCUUGCAGACCUAUCAAAGCGGUGAGGAGCUAUUCGGCUUGCCACAAACUGAUUACCCGGAAUUAGGCCAAAUACGCAAAGAACUUAAUUUACUGCAGAAGUUGUACAAACUCUACAAUGAUGUUAUAGAUCGAGUAAGCAGCUAUUAUGAUAUACCCUGGAAUGAGGUGGACAUCGAAGAAAUCAACAAUGAAUUGAUGGAAUUUCAAAAUCGUUGUCGCAAAUUACCGAAAGGUUUAAAAGAAUGGCCGGCUUUUCAUGCUCUUAAAAAGACAAUCGAUGAUUUUAAUGAUAUGUGUCCCUUGCUUGAAUUAAUGGCGAACAAGGCAAUGAAGCCACGGCAUUGGCAACGCAUUAUGGACGUUACACGUUACACUUUCGAAUUUGAUUCUGAAGGGUUCUCCUUAAAAAAUAUUUUAGAGGCGCCUUUGCUCAAGCAUAAAGAAGACAUUGAAGACAUUUGCAUAAGCGCGAUGAAGGAAAAAGAUAUAGAAGCCAAGUUGAAGCAAGUAACCAAUGAAUGGUCGGUUCAUGAAUUGCAAUUUAUGAGUUUCAAUAAUCGAGGAGAGCUAUUGUUGAGAGGCGAUACUACAGCCGAAACUAUUGGCCAAUUGGAAGAUAGUUUAAUGGUUUUAGGUUCAUUGUUAUCGAAUCGUUAUAACGCUCCCUUCCGUAAACAGAUACAACAGUGGGUUUACGAUCUAUCGAAUUCCAAUGAAAUCUUAGAACGUUGGCUUUUAGUUCAAAACAUGUGGGUCUAUUUGGAGGCCGUUUUCGUAGGCGGUGAUAUUGCCAAGCAAUUACCUAAAGAAGCGAAACGUUUCUCAAAAAUCGACAAAUCUUGGCAAAAAAUUAUGCAAAGAGCGCACGAAACUCCGGGAGUUGUGGCUUGUUGCGUGGGCGAUGAUUUAUUGAAGCAACUUUUGCCGCAUUUACAAGAACAAUUGGAAAUAUGCCAAAAAUCGUUAAGUGGGUAUUUGGAACGUAAACGUAUGAUGUUUCCGCGUUUCUUUUUCGUCUCCGAUCCAGCUUUAUUGGAAAUACUUGGUCAGGCGUCCGAUUCGCAUACCAUACAAAAUCAUUUACUCUCGAUAUUUGAUAAUACUAGCCAUGUGAAAUUCCAUGAUAUCGAAUAUAAUAAAAUGAUGGCGAUUAUAUCGAGCGAAGGCGAAAUGAUACAACUGGAUCGUGCCAUAAGGGCUGAGGGCUCUGUCGAGACAUGGCUAACUCAAUUGCUGGUCACAGCACAGCAGUCAUUGCAUUCAAUUAUACGUACCGCUUAUGCGACCAUUAAUGAUCCAAAUUUUACUUUGCUUGGCUUUCUCGAGAAGGUACCGGCUCAAGUUGGUUUGCUGGGCAUACAAAUGAUUUGGACACGCGACGCGGAAAUGGCUCUGAUGCAGGCCAGGCAUGAGAGAAAAGUCAUGUCGGAGACAAAUAAUAAAUUUCUCGAUAUGCUAAACACUCUUAUCGAUCAAACAACGCGAAAUCUAACGAAAAUGGAAAGAACAAGUUUCGAAACCUUAAUCACUAUACACGUGCAUCAGCGUGACAUAUUCGACAUAUUGUGUCGCAUGAAUAUUAAGUCAGCCAAUGACUUUGAAUGGUUGAAACAAUGUCGAUUCUAUUUCAAAGAAGAUCUAGACAAAACUUGGAUAUCCGUGACCGAUGUAACAUUUACUUAUCAAAAUGAAUACCUGGGCUGUACCGAUCGUUUGGUAAUAACGCCUUUAACAGAUCGUUGUUACAUUACUUUGGCUCAAGCCUUAACAUUGAGUAUGGGUGGUGCGCCCUGUGGUCCGGCUGGUACUGGCAAAACAGAAACGGUUAAGGACAUGGGCAAGACACUGGCUAAAUAUGUGGUCGUAUUUAAUUGCUCUGAUCAAAUGGAUUACAGGGGUUUAGGCCGCAUAUAUAAAGGAUUAGCACAAUCUGGCUCUUGGGGUUGCUUUGAUGAAUUCAAUCGCAUUGAGUUACCUGUAUUAUCAGUGGCAGCGCAACAAGUCGCUGUAGUGCUUACAGCGAAAAAGGAAAAGAAAAAAUCAUUCAUUUUCACAGAUGGUGACACCAUUGAAAUGAAUCCUGAGUUCGGUAUAUUUAUAACAAUGAAUCCUGGCUACGCUGGUCGUAAAGAGUUACCAGAAAAUUUGAAAAUACAAUUUCGGACUGUAGCGAUGAUGGUUCCGGAUCGCCAGAUAAUUAUACGAGUAAAAUUGGCUUCGUGUGGCUUCUUAGAAAACAUAACGUUAGCUAGAAAAUUUUAUACACUCUAUAAAUUGUGCGAGGAACAGCUAACGAAACAAGUGCAUUACGAUUUUGGUUUACGCAAUAUACUCUCAGUCUUACGAACCUUGGGUGCAGCGAAGCGUCGAAACUCUCGCGAUACGGAAAGCACUAUAGUGAUGCGUGUUUUACGCGAUAUGAAUCUUUCGAAGCUAAUUGAUGAUGAUGAGCCCUUAUUUAUGUCAUUAGUUUCGGAUUUGUUUCCAAAUCAGACUUUAGAAAAAACGAAUUAUGCCGAAUUGGAGGCUGCCAUUGCUCAGCAAACUGAAGAAGCCAAUUUGAUAUAUCAUCCACCGUGGGUGUUGAAACUGAUACAGUUAUAUGAAACACAAAAUGUGCGGCACGGAAUUAUGACUUUGGGUCCCAGUGGUGCUGGCAAAACGACUUGCAUUCACACGCUAAUGAAAGCUAUGACACAGUUGGGCGAUUCGCAUCGUGAGAUGCGUAUGAAUCCGAAAGCUAUAACAGCUGCUCAAAUGUUCGGUCGCUUAGAUGUAGCGACUAACGAUUGGACUGAUGGCAUAUUCUCGGCUUUAUGGCGUAAAACAUUGAAAUUAAAAAGUGGCGAACACGUUUGGCUUGUUUUAGACGGACCCGUUGAUAGUAUAUGGAUUGAAAAUUUGAAUUCGGUUUUAGACGAUAACAAAACCCUAACUCUAGCGAAUGGUGAUCGUUUAACGAUGGCUCCCACAGUUAAGAUAAUAUUUGAGCCUCAUAAUAUUGAUAAUGCUUCGCCAGCGACAGUGUCGCGUAACGGCAUGGUCUAUAUGAGUUCAUCGGGAUUGGAUUCAAGGCCUAUUGUGCAAGCUUGGUUGAAAAAUCGGGCCCCGGGUGAGAAAACGGUGUUUUCCGAUCUUUUCAAGCGUACUUUUGUUCCAGUGUAUUCUUGGGGUACACAAAAUUUACAACUAUUGAUGCCCGUCUUGCAAUGCAAUAUUGUUCGCCAAAUGUUAUGCGUAUUGGAGGGAUUAGUGCCUGUGAAAAAUGACGAUGAACAAGCUGUCAGUGUCUCGAGCAAAGAUAGCCAAGAGGAAGAUGCAACAGAAGACGCAAUAGUUGAAGAGAAAAAAGAUACUUGUACCCCGGAACAUUUACAUCGCUUGUAUAUCUUUGCUUUAGCCUGGGGUUUGGGAGCCUAUCUUAGUUCCACGGACCGCAUGAAAUUAAAUUUAUAUAUAAAAGAAACUUUUCCGGAUUUGGAUUAUGCCAAAGGCACGCCUGCUGAAAAUAGUAUAUUUGAUUUCUUCGUUUCGCCGGCUGGCGCUUGGCAUUCUUGGAAGACAUUGGUUACACCCUAUAUGUACCCUGAAGUAUCCACACCGGAUUAUUUAAACAUAUUGGUACCCAUCGUUGACAAUGUACGCAUGGAUUACUUAAUUGGAACUAUCGCUAACCAAGAGAAGGCCGUGAUGCUUAUCGGUGAGCAGGGCACCGGCAAAACGGUCAUAAUGAAAAAUUUCAUGAAAAAAAUGAACGCUGAAACCUGCAUGAGUAGGUCUUUUAAUUUCUCCUCAGCUACAAGUCCGUACCAAUUUCAACGCACUAUUGAAAGUUAUGUUGAAAAAAGGGUAGGUGUUACAUUUGGGCCACCUGGUGGCCGUAAGCUAAUUGCUUUUAUCGAUGAUAUUAAUUUACCGGAAAUUAAUGAGUGGGGAGAUCAAAUUACUAAUGAAAUAGUUCGCCAAUCGAUGGAUAUGAAGGGAUUUUACAGUUUAGAGAAGCCUGGUGAUUUUACCACCAUUGUGGAUGUGCAGUAUGUGGCCGCUAUGGGAUUGCCAGGAGGGGGUCGAAACGAUAUACCCUCCCGUUUGAAGCGUCAGUUUUGCGUUUUCAAUUGCAAUAUUCCCGACAAUGAAUCGAUUGAUAAAAUUUUCCGUGUAAUCGGCGAAGGUCAUUACAAUGCAAAAAGAGGCUUUAUACCGGAGGUCCGCAAUUUGGUGAAAAAGCUUAUAGUGGUAACGCGACUCAUGUGGCAGCGUACACGUGAAAAGCUUCUGCCUACGCCUGCCAAAUUUCAUUAUGUUUUCAGUUUACGUGAUUUAUCUCGCGUAUGGCAAGGCAUGGUGGGUACCUUGUCUACUGUUAUAACGACGGAAAGUGUUUUGAUGGCUUUGUGGAAGCACGAAUGUACACGAGUAUUUGCUGAUCGUUUCACUAAUAUUCACGAUAAAGAAUGGUUUAGUUCGGAAUUGAUGUGUGUAGUGCGAUCCGAGUUGGGCGAAAAUUAUGUAACCAUGAUUAUACCGAAUCCGGUAUUUGUAGACUUCAUGCGUGAUGCUCCUGAACCCACAGGUGAAGAAGGCGAGGAUGCUGACAUGGAGCUACCCAAAGUCUAUGAGCCGGUGAAUUCUCAUGAAGUGCUCCGCGAGCGUCUGGUCAUGUUUCUCGCUCAAUUUAAUGAAAUGGUGCGAGGCUCUGGGAUGGAUUUGGUCUUCUUUCCAGAUGCUAUGUUGCAUUUGGUAAAGAUCUCACGAAUAAUACGGCAUCCCCGUGGCAACGUCAUGCUGGUCGGAGUAGGCGGUUCAGGGAAACAAUCUCUAACCAAAUUGGCUUCUUUUAUAGCCGGUUACAAAACGUUCCAAAUUGCUCUUACUCGGUCCUACAAUGUUGCUAAUUUCUUAGAAGAUCUUAAACUUUUAUAUCGCACUUGCGGUGUUCAAGGCAAAGGCACUACAUUCCUAUUUACUGAUAUGGACAUUAAAGAAGAGGGUUUUCUGGAAUAUCUCAAUAAUAUCCUAUCUUCCGGUGUGAUAUCGAAUUUAUUCUCUCGUGACGAACAGGCCGAGAUUAUUCAAGAACUAACGCCAAUAAUGAAAAGAGAAAAUCAACGAAAAUCCGCUACUCCGGAAAGUGUGAUGGAAUUCUUUUUGGCGCGAACUUCGUCAAAUCUCCAUGUAGCCUUUUGUUUUUCUCCCGUGGGAGAAACAUUCCGAUCGAGGGUGCAACGUUUUCCAGCUUUGGUGUCGGGCUGCACCGUCGAUUGGUUCCAACCUUGGCCCAAGGAUGCCCUUGUCUCGGUUUCACGACACUUUCUGAGUGACUUUGAAAUUGAGUGUACACCGGAGGUUAAAGAAGAAUUGGUCAACGCUUUGGGUUCCAUUCAAGAUGUAGUCGCUGAAACAUCACAGGAAUAUUUUCAACGUUUCCGUAGAGCAACUCAUGUCACACCAAAAUCUUAUUUGAAUUUUAUAGCGGGAUAUAAAAAUAUCUAUCAACAAAAGCAAAAAGAAUUGGGCGAUGGCGUUGAAAAAAUGGACACAGGUCUCGAGAAACUUAAAGAAGCUUCUGCUUCCGUGGAAAUUCUUAAGAAAGAUUUGGUAGUAAUGGAGGAAGAGUUGGUGGAAGCUUCCAAGAAGGCAGAGUCAGUUUUGGCUGAAGUCACUGAGAGAGCUAUGCAAGCUGAAAUCGUAAAAAAUCAAGUGCUUAUAGUUAAAGAUAAAGCGGAAGCGUUAGUGUCUUGCAUUGCUCAUGAGAAAGCGUUAGCGGAAGAAAAAUUAGAGGCAGCAAAACCGGCGCUAGAGGAGGCUGAGAUGGCUUUGAAUACAAUCAAACCGGCACAUAUAGCCACAGUGCGCAAAUUGGGACGUCCACCACAUUUGAUAAUGCGUAUUAUGGAUAGCGUAUUGAUACUUUUCAAACGCAAACUGCACCCCUGCAUUCCGGAUUCGGGUACACCUUGCCCUAAACCAUCGUGGCAAGAAUCUUUAAAGAUGAUGGCUAGCGCAACAUUCCUAUUGCAAUUGCAAAACUAUCCCAAGGAUACUAUCAACGACGAAAUGAUUGAUUUAUUACAGCCAUAUUUCCGCAUGGAAGAUUACAAUAUGGACAUGGCGCGCAGGGUAUGUGGUGAUGUGGCUGGCUUGCUGUCGUGGACGAAAGCUAUGUCUUUCUUUCAUAGUGUCAAUAAGGAAGUUUUGCCACUUAAAGCAAAUUUAACAAUGCAGGAAGCAAGACUAAAGCUUGCGAUGGAUGAUUUAGCUGCAGCGGAAGACCAAUUGCAUGAGCGUGAGGAAGCUUUACAGGCCGUUAAGAAUCAAUAUGACAAAGCAGUGGGCGAAAAGCAACGCCUGACCGAUGCUGCUAAUGUAUGUCUACGUAAAAUGACAGCAGCCACUGCUCUAAUUAAUGGCUUGUCAGAUGAAAAAUUACGUUGGACAAAUCAAAGUAAAGAAUUCAAAAUUCAAUUAGGAAAAUUAGUAGGCGACGUGUUAUUAGCUACCGGAUUUCUAUCAUAUUGUGGUCCUUAUAAUCAAGAUUUUCGGGCAAAUCUCAUCAGAACUUGGAUGAGUAUAUUGAGGCAGAAAGCAAUACCCUUUACCAUUAGCUUAAAUAUUAUUAAUAUGCUGGUAGAUUCAUCUACGGUUUCCGAAUGGACAUUACAGGGUUUACCUAAUGAUGAGUUAUCGGUGCAAAACGCUCUAAUAGCGACUAAAUCUAGUAGUUACCCUCUAUUAAUAGACCCACAGACCCAGGGAAAAUUAUGGAUAAAAUCAAAAGAAGAUCAAAAUGAAUUACAAAUCACUUCAUUGAAUCAUAAAUAUUUCCGUACGCAUUUGGAAGACGCUCUAUCUUUGGGAAGACCGUUACUCAUCGAAGAUGUAGGAGUAGAAUUGGAUCCAGUUAUCGAUAACGUUUUAGAAAAGAAUUUUAUCAAAUCUGGAAGUAUAGAGAAAGUACUAGUGGGUGAUAAAGAAUGCGAUGUAAUGCCUGGCUUUAUGUUAUACAUUACGACUAAAUUACCUAAUCCGCCCUUUAGCCCUGAAAUUAGUGCUAAAACAUCGAUAAUAGAUUUCACAGUGACAAUGAGAGGCCUAGAGGAUCAAUUAUUGGGUCGCGUAAUACUUAUGGAAAAAUCCGAUUUAGAAGCGGAGCGUGUCGCACUUUUUGAAACUGUUAUGAGAAAUCAGCGAAACAUGAAAGAAUUGGAGGCUAAUCUUCUGUACCGACUUAGCUCAUCUCAAGGAUCUUUAGUCGAUGACGAGGCUCUAAUUGAAGUAUUGCGCGUCACUAAAACUACUGCCGAGGAAGUCAAUCAAAAGUUGAAAAUUUCUGAGGUAACCGAGCGCAAAAUAAUGAAAGCCCGCGAAGAGUUUCGCGCUGUAGCUGCACGCGGCUCCAUUUUAUAUUUUCUAAUAGUAGAAAUGAGUAACGUCAACGUCAUGUAUCAAAAUUCAUUGAAACAAUUUCUGGUUAUCUUUAACAAUUCUAUCACAAAAUCAACUAAGUCGAAUAUAACUGACGAGCGCAUUAACAUCAUUUUACGUUAUUUAACAUACGAGGUGUACAAAUUCACCAACCGCAGCCUGUAUGAGCGACAUAAGCAACUUUUUACUUUGAUGCUGGCCAUCAAAAUUGAUUAUCACAAAGGCAAUAUAAGUCAUGAAGAAUUUAUGGCAUUCAUAAAAGGCGGUGCUUCAUUGGACUUGAAUGCUGUGACACCGAAGCCGUUUCGUUGGAUAUUAGAUAUUACGUGGUUGAAUUUGGUUGAGAUAAGCAAACUAGACACAUUUGCUAAUGUGCUCGAGUUGAUUGAAGCGAGUGAACGUGACUGGCGUAUUUGGUAUGAAACCGAGAAGCCCGAAAAUGAAGAAAUACCUUGUGGUUAUCAGGGUUCCUUGGAUGGUUUCCGUAAACUUCUUCUUAUACGCUCUUGGUGUCCGGAUCGUACUAUAUCACAAGCCAAGAGAUACAUAGAAGAAUCUUUGGGUUCAGAAUACAGCGAAAUGCAAAUUUUAGAUUUGGAAUUAACCUGGACCGAAUCGGAGCCGAGAACGCCAUUUGUUUGUUUGUUGUCUAUAGGAUCAGAUCCCACUACGCAGAUAGCAGCUUUAGCUAAACAAAAAGGAAUUCCCCUAAAAUCAGUGUCCAUGGGGCAGGGGCAAGAGUGUCAUGCACGUAAAAUGAUUAUGGAUGCAAUGGCUUCGGGGGGUUGGGUGUUGUUACAAAAUGUACAUUUGUCUUUACCAUUUUGCUCCGAAAUUAUUGAUAUGUUAGUGGAGACAGAAUAUGUUGAAGAUUCAUUUCGCAUGUGGGUGACCACCGAGCCGCACAAUGAAUUUCCUAUCGGUCUACUGCAAAUGGCAAUUAAAUUUACCAAUGAACCCCCGCAAGGUAUACGCGCUAGUUUGAAACGUAGUUAUCAGGCUUUUACACAGGAUUUCUUAGAUUACACAUCCGCUUCACAAUGGCCGACUUUGCUAUAUACUGUGGCAUUUUUGCACACGAUAGUACAAGAGAGACGCAAAUUUGGACCUUUGGGCUGGAAUAUACCAUACGAAUUUAAUGCGGCCGAUUUUGCGGCCAGCGUGCAAUUCAUACAAAAUCAUUUAGACGAAAUGGAUCCAAAGAAAGGAGUAUCAUGGCAAACAUUAGUAUAUAUGAUAGGUGAAGUGCAAUACGGAGGACGGGUUACAGAUGAUUUCGAUAAACGCUUGCUGAAUACCUUUACGGCUGUAUGGUUUUGUGAAGGUCUACUAAGUUCGUCGUUUGAAUUCUACAAAGGUUAUAAAGUACCAAAUACAAAAAAUUUGCAAGGAUUUAUUGAUUACAUUAAUAUGCUGCCAACGUACGAUACACCCGAAGUAUUUGGAUUGCAUUCAAAUGCUGAUAUAACAUAUCAAAUUAAUUCGGCGAAAGGCAUAUUGGAUACAAUAUUAAGCGUGCAACCGAAGGAAGGUGGUGGCGGCGGUGGUGAGACACGUGAAAGUAUUGUCUAUCAAUUGGCCGAUGAUAUGCUCAGGAAAUUGCCACAGCAAUAUAAUACAUAUGAAGUGCGUGAAAAUUUAACACGUAUGGGUAUACUCUUGCCUAUGAAUAUAUUUCUCAGACAAGAAAUCGAUCGAAUGCAAAGAGUAUUAAAACGCGUUUCUUCAUGCUUAUGUGAUCUGAAAUUGGCAAUUGACGGCACUAUUGUAAUGAGCCCAGCACUAAAGGAGUCCUUGGAUGCUAUGUACGAUGCCCGCAUACCGGAAACAUGGAUGAAGAUAUCCUGGGAAUCAACAACAUUGGGCUUUUGGUAUACAGAAUUAUUGGAGCGUAAUACGCAAUUCCGUGCAUGGUUGUCGACAGAUCGGCCUAAAGUAUUCUGGAUGACUGGGUUUUUUAAUCCACAAGGCUUUCUAACUGCUAUGCGUCAGGAAGUAACCAGAGCUCACAAAGGAUGGGCUCUCGACUCGGUUGUGUUGCAAAAUCAAAUAACGAGAUACAACAAAGAGGACAUCACUGAGUAUCCUACUGAAGGAGUCUAUGUUCAUGGUCUAUUUCUGGAGGGCGCUUCCCUAGAUCGCCGCUGUGGUAAAUUAAUCGAAUCGAAAAUGAAAGUAUUGUAUGAACAAAUGCCGGUUAUAUAUAUUUUUGCAAUUAAUACUACGGCCGGUAAAGAUCCGAAACUUUAUGAAUGCCCCAUUUAUCGUAAGCCUCAGCGCACGGAUGCGAAAUACGUUGGUUCUAUUGAUUUUGAAACUGAUCUAAAUCCCAAGCAUUGGACUUUAAGAGGCGUCGCCCUGUUAUGUGACAUCAAAUAA